AUGGCCGACCCUAUCUCAAUCGCUGCUAGCAUCACUGGCAUCAUCAGCCUUGCAGACGCCGUAUUUCGCUACACCUUCAAGCUCAGUCGAACCGCGUCAGGCGCGGAGGAUGAAGUACAUCGCCUAAACGAGGAGAUCAAUUCAUUCUCAACCGUUAUGCGGAAGCUACAAGCACUCGCUUGCGAUCUCGAAGCCCAAGGUCAGGUCUUUGAGUCCGCCUUGAGAGUGGAACACCUUGCGCAAUGCGAGCAUAUCUCACGAUAUAAAGAGACCAUUUCCCUUGCUGCAUCGGCCGAUAUGAUGCGUCAACUUCAGCUACUACUAUCAAAGCAGGCUAAGCAUCAUGACGAGACAGAUAAGGUGCAGAGGAAUACGCUAGAAAAGGUUGAUGUUGGGACUCGCAUUUUACUCGACAACCAAAAGAGAACGAUCUUGGGUUUUUUUAUGAGCCCCGACAGCAACCCGCAAAGUAAUCUAGACCAGAGCAUCAAGUGGAGCCAGCCAACAACUGAUACCUGGCUUCUUGAAUCGGAUGAUCUGCAGCAAUGGUUCUUGCAAUUCAGGAUCUCGUCUUUGGCUUAA